AUGUCUGACCCUAACUCCCAUGUCACCCAGCUCUCCAACGGUCUCCGUCAGCUCGAGAUCCAGCAGGCCGACGCCAACGACGAUCACCACCCCGACCAGACAUCCCCGACCUCAGCUGUCGGCGCACGCGGCUCCUCUCGUCCGCCAAUACGCGAUGGAUAUGGCUUCCGUUCAUCUGGUGUGAACACCCCAAAUGAAAUCAAGGACUCCAGGAGCUCCCCGUUACCAGACCCGAACGGUUUGGGAUGGCCAGCCAAAUCCACCGUCAUGCGUCUCAAUGCCACCGAUGCAGAGCGGGCUAUUCGUGACCAGAAGCUGCACUCGGCAGUUCGCACGAUCCUCGAAUGUAUCGGAGAAGAUCCUGCUCGAGAAGGCCUGCUACGCACCCCUGAGAGAUACGCAAAGGCGCUGCUUUGGAUGACCAAGGGCUACGAGGAGCGAUUGGCUGACGUUAUUAACGAUGCAGUGUUUGCGGAGGAUCACGAUGAAAUGGUUCUCGUACGCGAUAUUGACAUAUCAAGUCUUUGUGAACAUCAUUUGGUCCCGUUCACAGGAAAGAUCUCUAUAGCUUACAUCCCCAAUCAACUUGUUCUGGGGUUAUCUAAGUUGGCCCGGAUAGCCGAGACGUUCAGUCGCCGGCUUCAGGUGCAAGAACGCCUCACAAAGCAAGUCGCUUUGGCAGUGCAGGAAGCUAUCAAACCGCGCGGCGUUGCCGUGGUCAUGGAGGCAUCGCAUAUGUGCAUGACAAUGCGUGGCGUGCAAAAGCCUGGCGCCAUCACCACGACUUCAUGCAUGCUGGGUUGUUUUAGAACACAGCAGAAAACGCGCGAAGAGUUCCUCACUCUAAUAAAAGGCCGGUAG